AUGGAAUCAGUUGGUAGGCUAUUCUGCACCGCUAGGAGUCCCUCCCAUGGUAGCACCACCAGUGCCCCCAGGCUAGAGCAAGGCGAGCUCCCGGUAGAGACGGCACCACCAGUGCCCACACCUGAGGCUACUGUUGCUGCUCUACCUACGACUCCUACUGUUCCACCAGUCACGCAAACUACAUCCGAUCCUUCUAUCACCAUGUCGGCUUCGGUGUUUCAUGUUCUGUCUAACAUUCCUGCAUCCUCAACACCUAUAGCUCCAGUUGACGACACUACACCAGCAGAGGUCCGGAUUCCGCCACCUCAAGAUGAGCCUCCCACAGUCACAGCUUCGCCUGAAGAGGCAUCAUCUCCACCUAAGGCUCCCAAUGCUUGA